AAUUUGGCCCUAAGUGUUUCAUCCGGUCCAAUUCAGCCGAUCUACCAUCUAUCAGCCAGAGGUCGUACGCUAGAUUGCUCUCUCCGUUUCCAUCUCCGCUUCCCCUUGUCGGACGCAGGAUACACCACGCCGUUCGUCUAAUGUACUGAGUUGUUCUGUUUAGUUGAUUGCUCUUGCUCUGAUGGAGGAACCAAAGCAGAAGUCAACUAAGCGGGCUGACUCUGAAAAGGAGGUGGAGGGGCCUAGACGGAAAAGCCACCGUGACAGGGAUGGCCACUCUGACCGUGAUAAAGAGAAGAGCGGAGAGAGACAUAGAGAUAGAGACAGGGUACACUACCAUGAUAAGAAGGAUCACCUUGAUAAGGAGAAGGGCGUUGAGGAUACGUACAAGGAAAGAGACAGGGAAAGAGAGAAGGAGAAGCACAGAGAUAAGCAUAAAGAUAAAGAGCGGGAAAGAAGUAGCAGGGACAAGGCCAGUAAAGACAGAGAAAAGGAUAAAUCGGACAGAGAGAGUGCCAGGGAAAAGCGUAACAAAGAUAGGGAUCGUGAAAGAGAGAGGGACCGCAAAAAAGAGAAAGAGAAGGUGAGGGAUCCUGAAGGAGAGAAAGAAAAGGAACGGGAUCAGGAGAGAGAAAAAGAAAAUGAGAAGGUUCCUGAAAGAGAAAGGCAGAGAGAGAAAGAAAAGGAUAAGAAUAGGGAAAAAGAAAGAGAAAGGGAGAAGCGAGAGAAGGAUCAAAGGGACAAGGAUAGGGAAGACAGGGAGAGGAACAGAGAGAAGAAGGUUCGUGAAAAAGAGAAACGCCAUGAUUAUGUCACUGAUGAUGAUGAUAAUGAUGUCGAUGCAAGAGAACAUGAAAGAAAAAGGAGGAGAAGGCAUGAUCAGAGGAGCAGGGAUCAUGAACGAAGUAAGACAUCUAGUAAGGUUGUUGAUGAUAGCGGAAAUGGUAGCCCACCUAAAAAAAGUGACAACGAAUCAUUGGAAAAGAAACAGAAGAAUCUAGAAGAAGAGCAAGCUGAGGAACAAAUGAAACUUGAAGAUGAGAUGGAGAAGCGAAGAAGGAGAGUUCAGGAAUGGCAGGAGUUGAGAAGAGUAAAGGAGCAGUCAGAGAGAGAAAAGCUUGGAGUCGCAGCAAUGAGUGAUGAGCCCAAGUCAGGGAAGACUUGGACAUUGGAAGGGGAAUCUGAUGAUGAAGAUGCAGUAUUGGAGGAUAAACAACGCAUUGAUAUGGAUGUAGACGAACCUGCUAAGCCCUUGGAUGAAAAUGGUUCUGUCCUAGUAAGCUCUAAUGCCUUGUCUGAUUUAGGAGUUUCACAGAAUGCUGGCAAUGGUGCUCCUAUGGAUGAUGAAGAAAUUGACCCAUUAGAUGCAUACAUGAAUGCUAUGGUGUUGCCUGAAGUUGAAAAGCUGAACGAUGUUGAGACCACAGUUGAAUAUACAAAAUCUGGUUUGGAAGAUGGAAAUGUUAUAAGGAAGAAAGAGCAACCUAGGAAAGGCAUCCAAAAAGCUAUGGGAAGAAUCAUGCCUGGUGAAGACUCUGAUUCAGAUUAUGAUGAACUUAGGAAUGAUGAUCCUAUUGAUGAUGAAGAUGAUGAAGAGUUUAUGAAACGGGUGAAGAAGACCAAGGCUGAGAAACUAUCUAUAGUUGACCACUCAAAAAUUGAAUAUCCUUCUUUUCGGAAGAACUUUUAUAUUGAGGUGAGGGAAAUUUCAAGAAUGACUUCUGAAGAGGUGGCUUCUUACAGAAAGCAAUUGGAACUGAAGAUCCAUGGAAAAGAUGUGCCAAAGCCAGUUAAAACGUGGCACCAAACUGGAUUAUCCACUAAGAUUUUGGAUACAAUAAAGAAACUUAAUUAUGAAAAGCCAAUGUCAAUCCAGGCUCAGUCUUUGCCAAUAAUUAUGAGCGGCCGAGAUUGUAUUGGCAUCGCAAAGACGGGUUCUGGGAAAACAUUAGCUUUUGUGUUGCCAAUGUUGAGGCAUAUUAAGGAUCAGCCUCCACUUGCGCCUGGAGAUGGACCAAUUGGGCUUGUAAUGGCCCCUACAAGAGAGCUUGUGCAGCAAAUACAUAGUGAUAUAAGAAAGUUUGCUAAGGUUAUGGGCCUUAGCUGUGUUCCUGUGUAUGGAGGCUCAGGUGUUGCUCAGCAAAUUAGUGAGUUGAAACGAGGAGCAGAGAUUGUUGUUUGCACUCCAGGUAGGAUGAUUGACAUACUUUGUACCAGUAGUGGGAAAAUUACCAAUCUGCGAAGAGUCACUUAUUUGGUCAUGGAUGAAGCUGACCGAAUGUUUGAUAUGGGAUUUGAACCUCAGAUCACAAGAAUUGUUCAAAAUACACGUCCUGACCGCCAAACUGUAUUGUUUUCUGCAACUUUUCCUCGUCAGGUUGAGGCGUUGGCACGCAAAGUACUCAACAAGCCUAUUGAAAUUCAGGUAGGUGGAAGGAGUGUUGUAAACAAAGAUAUUGCCCAAUUAGUUGAGGUGAGGCCAGAGAGUGAAAGGUUCCUUAGACUGCUGGAAAUACUUGGAGAAUGGUCUGAGAAAGGAAAAAUUUUGGUAUUCGUCCAUUCUCAGGAGAAAUGUGAUGCUUUAUUUAAGGACUUGCUAAAGCAUGGUUAUCCUUGCCUUUCACUUCAUGGGGCAAAAGAUCAGACUGAUCGUGAGUCCACUAUUGCAGAUUUUAAAAGUAAUGUAUGUAACCUAUUGAUUGCUACUAGUAUUGCUGCUAGAGGUUUAGAUGUAAAGGAUCUUGAGCUGGUGAUCAACUUUGAUGCUCCGAACCAUUAUGAAGACUAUGUUCACCGUGUUGGACGUACUGGGAGAGCUGGUAAUAAAGGCUGUGCUAUCACAUUUAUAUCUGAAGAGGAUGCAAGAUAUGCACCUGAUCUUGUAAAAGCUUUAGAACUCUCUGAGCAAGUUGUUCCUGAUGACCUGAAAGUGCUUGCUGAUCGUUUCAUGGCAAAGGUUAAUCAGGGACUUGAACAGGCUCAUGGUACUGGUUAUGGAGGCAGCGGCUUCAAAUUUAAUGAAGAAGAAGAUGAAGUGAGGAAAGCCGCAAAGAAAGCUCAGGCAAAAGAGUAUGGCUUUGAGGAAGACAAAUCAGAUUCAGAGGAUGAAGACGAAGGAAUCCGAAAAGCAGGUGGUGAUGUCUCUCAGCAGGUGGCUGUGGCUGCUGCUCUUGCUGCGGCUUCAAAAGCAGCAAGUGUGUCUCAACUUGCAGGUUCUGUCCCAAUUUCUCAGAUGCAGCCUCAUAGUGGAUUACCCGGUUCCCUUUCCAAUAUUAUUCAAGGUAAUGGACUCCCAAUUGCCCCUAAUGAUAUAUCAGCCACAACAGCAGCAUUUCUUGCUGCGAAGAAUUUGCAGCAGAACUUGGCUAAGCUUCAGAAUGAGGUCAUGCCUGAGCAUUAUGAAGCCGAGUUGGAAAUUAAUGAUUUUCCUCAAAAUGCUCGUUGGAAAGUGACACACAAAGAGACCCUAGGUCCUAUUUCAGAAUGGACUGGAGCUGCCAUCACUACCAGGGGCUAUUAUAUUCCACCUGGGAAGGUACCUGGACCAGGGGAUAGGAAAUUGUACUUGUUCAUUGAGGGCCCUACAGAGCAAUCUGUCAAGAGGGCAAAAACUGAGUUGAAACGUGUUUUAGAGGACAUAACUAUGCAAGUAACAUCACUUCCAGGCUCAGCUCAGCCAGGGAGAUACUCAGUUGUGUAAGUUGACAGGGUGAGCUAUAAGAAGAUGCGGUGUAGGAAUGAAACCUUUAUGGUAAGCCUUCUAUCUGAUAAAACUUUUAAAUUUGUUGGAUUGUGAAUAUAGUUCAAUAACUUGUAUUUACUUGUGAGUUCAAUUUUGAGAAUUGUAUUCACCUUUAAUUUUGUAACUGUCCACAACUGCUGUAUUGCUGCUCUCUUAAAUGCGGCACAUAAGCUUGAUUAUGGAUCACACCGUGUUUGUCAAAUACACGGUAGUAGUACACAAGUCCACUCACUAUAUGGUUUAUCUAGUUUUUUCACCCAAACCUUAAAUCCAGCAAUGAAGUUUGAAUAGAGAAGAUAUUAAGAUCCUGACUCAGCCAUCGAUCUUUACCCUUGCUAAGUUGCUAGUAUACAUAUAUCGGUUUGAUGAGUUUUUCUUUCCAAUUUCAAGUCCUCUAAUUGUUGUGGUAGUUAAAUUUUGGUUCAUGCCUUAGAAUGUUUCUCCUUCUAGUCCUCCAGAUGUGGCGAUAAACAGGAUUUUGUUACAUGUCCUCCCAUUUUUGUAAUCAUCUAACUAUUGUGCUUUCAGUUACUUCGUCUCCAAUUGCAGGCUUGAUGUUCUUGAUAUUCACACUAUCCAUUUUGUGUAACCCUGCAUUUAUGAAAUACUACAUUUAUUUUUAAUUCCAGUUUUUUGUAAUGUAAUAUUUUAAUGAAUACAUCAAUUUAUCAAUUGCAACAAUUUAAACAUUGUACUAUUUAUAUUAUUCUC